AUGUGGUGUAACGAAGGGAAGACAUUGAUUCCAGCAAAUGCCUGUAGCCUGAUUGAGCGGAGAAGCAACCAGCCACGGCACCGGCACCGGGUCCAAGCCCAAGGAGAACAAUACUCGAAGUCGAAGCCUUCGUGGCAGGAGCAACCACCCUGUUGGUUUUGCAGCUCAUCUCUGGGUUCUGCAGGCGGCGGUCAAGCAGCACGUGGAUCCAAGGACCUGUGUGGCUGGCUUACACACUCCGUCACGGCCUAUGAUCUUGACGAGACCAAGCAGUGGAAGAAGCAACUCUUUGAGCAGGUUGAUUCGGGAGGCUCUCGGUCCGAGUCUCAGCUGCUGCAGGGGUCCAGGUCCGAGUCUGAGCCUGACCCUAUCAGGAUGGAAGGCGGCAGGUACCUUGUUCGGUGGUAUGGCUACUUCCUCAACACUCACGGUGCCACAGCCCAUGGUUACAGAACUAAGCUAUCUGAGGAGGAUAUCAUCACCGUCGACAUGAUCUGGGAGAAGUGCAGUGAUAUGCUGCCCUUCGAUCCAAGCGGCGGCUCGCAGUCGAAAGAUGUGUGCCUCUCAUUUGCCUUGUUUCACCUGCUCAAGCGCCGGUACUUUGGGAUCAACUGCUAUGAGGCCGGUCUCCAGAAGACGCGCGGCUUCGUACUCAGUGGGCUCCUGGCGUCAGAGGAUGGCAAGAGAGCAUUCAGGAUCACUGUGGAGGAUGUGAAGCUGCCUGAUACCGUGAAGCCUGAGAUUGCUUCAUCCCUCAAGUCCAUUGCCCCCACUGAUCAUCUAACAAACGGAGAAGCAUCGCUGCAGCGGAAUGAACUGUUCAUCACCCCGUUCAAGGAGACACUGAGACGGGAUGGCUGGGACCUAACAGACACCAUGCUGAUAUGGCACAUCGCGACCAACUGCUGUGAAACUGGGCUAACUCCUGCAGUGGAGAUCUCUCGCCAUGGUAAACUCAGGCACUACCGCGAGGUUGCCACCACCUUAUCCAGGUACUCUGCAUACCUCAUGGCCUCUGUCCCGGAACUGCUCCCUGGUAACCCUACAUAUAUCAGCUUCACAUUUGACAAGGUAAUGCAAGAAGCAACAGUGGUUCUGUACCCAGGGCAGGAGGAGGAUAUUCGCGAGCGUGCAAUAGCAAACAGAGACAUGCUGACAGAGGCUCUCAACCGCUCAAGACCAUCAGACCAGGAGGAUCACAAUAAUGACACUAUAUUCUUCAGAGGACUAAAGCUUGGGAAGGAGCUGGAGGACCACAUAGAUAACGAGGAGAUCCGUUGGAAGGUGCUAGCCGAGUUCUGGGCAGAGAUUAUCCUCUACGUUGCACCAUCUGACAAUGUAAGAGGGCACGUCGAGCGGCUCGCUAAUGGUGGAGAGUUCAUAACCCACAUCUGGGCGCUUCUCUCUCAUGCAGGCAUCCUGACCCGCCAUCUCAGGCAACAGGAGUCAUCCCAGCGAUUCACUAGUUAA